CAAUUAGAAUGGCUCCCGGCACUACGGCUGACGUAAUCGAUCUCGAUCCACUCGCUCGAACGUUGGCGGCCGAAGGCUUGACUGAACGUAGGUUCGACACAAACCCCUCGCACGAGUGUGGCGAGACUAUGAUUGAACGUGGAUCACUGCUAUUACACUGCUAAUUUGCGAUUCACUGGCGAUCCUUGUCUUUGUUUGCCUGAGCGAGACCGACCAGCUGUUCACAGGCUCAGGCGGAUGCGAACCUGAGGUUGCGCGACGUUCUGAGCAAAUUGUCACACUAAUUGUAAUCGCCGGUAUGUACAGCUCUCCUGCCAGUCUGCUCUACCAACAUCUCGUGCCUUUACCACACUCAUCAGACUCUACAUUAUCUAGGUAUCUUGACUGUAACGUCAUGCCAGACCGAGGCAGGAAACGGAAGCUUGAUGUUCAACAUAACUAUGACGAAGCGCAAAAGGGUCUCGAACGUCUAAGCAUCCGAGACAAUAUCGACCCGAAUGCAGCACGAACGUCAAACCCCGUAUUGCCGCCUCCAUCGACGCAAGUCCGCAAACUAGCCAGGCUUCCGGCAAAGAGAAAGGCACCGGCUGCCAGACUUCCACGUCUACCGGAUUACACUCAGGCCCGCACAUCCACACAAGCCCAGACGUUGUCCGACUCAGAGUCUGAAGACGGAUCCGGAUCCGAAGAUGCCAAGUCCGACGACGAGCUCCCCGAGAGUGGCCCGGGAGAAGACGGCGAUGACCUUGAUAUGCCCUCGAUGGCUAACAUGUCGAUCCGCGACUUCGAGAUCAAUGAGUUCCUUCAGACCGAUCCCUACAAGAUCGUACCGGACCCACCUGUGGAAUUCGAACAACUCUUCGUCAGUGUGUCUGGGAAGGCGGUAUGGCAAGCACUUACACUGGCCCUAUCCAGCGUAUCCUACUCCGGGAAGGUACUGAAGUGCAUGUCGGACAUGACCAUCUGGACGCCGUACGAAGACCUCAGUCGCUGCGUCGUGCUGUACCCCGCCCAGCGCUGGAACUUUGGCACGUCCAGGGCUGAGCCCGCGGAGCGCAAGACAUGCAAAGCGUGGCCGCGCGUCCGCGAGACGCGCGACAUGUGCUUCUCCGCGGGCGGCGCCUGGCACUACUGCGGGACCUACCAGUGCACGGGCAUGUCCAUCAUGCGGCUUGACGAACUGUGCAAGCUCGACAAGUCGAAGAGCAAGACGAUGUUCAAUAGCCUCGUGCAGCAGACACCGCGAGUCCUCGGCGGAGCGAUUCAGCGGUCGAGCAUGCAGACGAUGACGUCGAUCAUGCAGACGCUGCGCGAUGCGUAUCAGGAUGGGCACUUACUCGUGCGAUGUUACGGGUUCCAGCUGGUCGGACACAAUGACCAGGUGAAGGAGGCAUUUCUAAGGUGUCUGUCGACCGUGAAGCAGAAGAAGGACAAGAAACGCGCGAAGAAGGAGAAGAGCGAGAG